GGGGCGGGCACUUCUGGUCCGCCAUGCGACAGGUUCUGAGGCCCCGGGCCUAAGGGAGAGUCUCGUGUUCCGUGUUCUUCGCUGUGAUCCGAGGUCGGGCGCUGUGGGGAGAGCGGGGCGAGCUCGGAAUCCGCCAUGGAUGCAGUGACCUAUGAGGAUGUGCAUGUGAACUUCACGCAUGAAGAGUGGGCUUUGCUGGACCCUUCCCAGAAGACUCUCUACAGAGAUGUGAUGCUGGAGACCUGGGAGAACCUCUCUGCUGUAGGCUACAAAUGGGAAGACCAGAAUAUUGAAGAACAUUGUCAAAAUUCUAGAAGACAUGAAAGGUAA